CUUCCCUUCCUCCCUUCCCUGCGGACGUGGAAUAAAGAGGCAGCGGCAAGUUGUCAAAGGAUGAAAGAAAGCUGGUCUGCAUUCGACACGUUUGAGCCUCAUUUCAGGCCUCUGGUAAUUAUUGAGCUUGCAAAAGACACCAAAGAGGAAACCAAAGAAUGGCUCACUCAAAGAAUUGUGGACAAAAAGAAAAAUGGAGGUGCCCAGCUGUUGGUUAAACCUUUGGUAAAAGAAGAUGGAGGAAAAAUAGAUGGAAAUCAAAAUUUAUAUCUUGUUGGAGCCUCUCACUUAAGGCUGCUGCUGGGAGCUGAAACUGUGGGAUUGGUAAAAGAAUGUAAUGAUAACUCAAUGAGAACCUUUACAUACAGCAGUAGAAACACCUUCAAAGAUUUUGCAGAGGACAAUCACGAUUUCCUUACAAUGGCAGAGCGUCAGUACAUCAUCAAGCAUGAACUUGAAAAUUUGAGAGCCAAAGAUGAAAGAAUGAUUCCUGGAUACCCUCAGGCAAAGCUGUAUCCAGGAAAAUCAAUUAUGAGAAGAUUGAUGACCAGUGGUAUCCUACUUCAGAUUUUCCCACUUCAUGAUACAGAAGAAUUGAAGAAGCUCUGGUACACCUGGUAUGGCCAGGUCAAAAUUAGUUAUCAACCUUUAGAUGAAAUCCGUUGCUAUUUUGGUGAAACGAUUGCUCUGUAUUUUGGCUUUUUGGAAUACUUCACAUUUGCUUUGGUUCCUAUGGCUCUCAUUGGGAUUCCUUACUAUGUGUUUGCAUGGGAAGACUAUGACAAGUAUGUGAUGUUUGCCUCAUUCAAUCUACUUUGGUCUACGGUGAUCCUGGAAGUUUGGAAGCGCUGCUGUGCUAUUAUGACUUACAGAUGGGGGACACUGUUGAUGAAGCGGCAGUUUGAGGAACCGAGGCCAGGAUUUCAUGGUGUUUUGGGAAUCAAUCCUGUCACUGGCAAGGAGGAGCCGGUAUACUCAAGUAUUAAAAGACAGAUACGAAUUUAUCUGGUUUCCUUGCCAUUUGUGUGCCUUUGCCUCUAUUUCUCACUGUAUGUCAUGAUGAUUUACUUCGAGUUGGAGACUUGGGUUCUGGAUUUUCAUGAGGAGAAUGAGUCUUAUUUUAGCAAAUUAAUGCUAUUUUUGCCCAGCAUAAUCUAUGCUAUUGUGAUUGAAAUGAUGAACCGCGUCUACCGAUAUGCUGCAGAAUUCUUAACAUCAUGGGAAAAUCAUAGACUGGAAUCGUCACAUCAGAAUCAUCUAAUUUUGAAGGUCUUAGUGUUCAACUUUUUAAACUGCUUUGCCUCCCUCUUCUACAUUGCUUUUGUCCUUUUUGAUAUGAAACUUCUGCGACAGAGCUUGGCCACUCUGCUGAUAACUUCACAGAUCCUAAAUCAAUUUGUAGAAGCCUUACUUCCUUACUGGCUCCAAAAGAGACAUAAUAAGAAAGUGAAGAAGAGGGUGUACUCCAUAAAAGUGGAUACUGAUCUUUCAUUAUUUGAGCAAGUCAACCUGGAAAAAGAAAUGGGCACCUAUCUUGGCACCUUUGAUGAUUACUUGGAGUUGUUCUUACAGUUUGGUUAUGUGAGUCUUUUCUCAUGUGUGUAUCCUUUAGCAGCUGUCUUUGCAGUGCUAAACAACAUCACAGAGAUGUAUUUUGAUGCCUUAAAAAUGUGCAGGGUCUUCAAACGUCCAUUUUCACAACCCACAGCAAAUAUUGGAGUUUGGCAGUUGGCUUUUGAAACUAUGAGUGUUAUCUCAGUAGUUACUAACUGUGCACUGAUUGGAUUGUCUCCACAAGUAAAUGCACUUUUUCCAGAUUCAAAAACGGACCUUAUUUUGAUUGUGGUAUUAGUGGAGCAUAUUCUACUGGCAUUGAAGUUUGUCAUGGCGUUUGUGAUUCCUGAUAAACCACGGGAUAUCCAGAUAAAACUGGCCAGGUUGGAAUUUGAAUCUCUAGAAGCUCUCAAACAGCAGCAAAUGAAACUUGCAGCCGAGUCACUGAAGGAAGAAACACAUGGAAAAAAGAAGAUGAAUUGA